AUGCCGCCAGUGGGAGGCCUUGCACCACCGGUCCUGGAGGAGGAGGAGCGCCGGGAUAUAGAGGCGGGUCAAGGGGUCAUAUUCGUCCUUGAAGGAGCGCAGCUGGAGACCGCGCAAGUCGGGAAGGCAUACCAGCUGCUGAACUGCGACGACCACGCGGGCUACCUUAAAAAGCACAAAAAGGACCCGGCGCACUACCGCCCAGACAUUGCUCACCAGGCUCUGAUGAUGAUUCUGGACAGCCCGCUCAACAAAGCCGGCAAGCUCAAGGGCCUUUAUGUCCACACGUCCAAGAACGUGCUGAUCCAGAUCAACCCCAAGGUCCGGCUACCGCGCACCUUCGCGCGCUUCUGCGGCCUGAUGGUGCAGCUGCUGCAGAAGCUGAGCAUUCGCGCGACAAACGGGCCGGACAAGCUGAUGAGGGUGAUCAAGGGCCCCGUCACCCGCCACCUGCCGGCCGGCGCGCGCCGCGUGGGCUUCUCUCACUCGAGCGAGAAGCUCGUGCCGAUGGCGGCCUGGGCGUCCGCCCUGCGCGACGACGAGCUCGCCAGCCCGAUCGUGUUCGUGGUGGGCGGCUUCGCGCACGGCAAGAUCGAUGAGUCCUACGUGGACGAGUUUUUGAGUGUCUCGGAGUACCCCCUGAGCGCGGCCUAUGCCAUCUCGCGGAUAACGAACGCGAUGGAGGCGCGGUGGGGCAUCGUGUGA